AUGAAGGCUCCCUUGCAUGAGUUUGACGAUCUUAAGGAUAUUGAUGAAAACGAACGUAUCGCUGUUUAUGCGUUACUAUUACUUAGCCAAAAUCCCACCAAUACCCAGAGGAUAACCAUACCGAAAGAAAAGAAGGAUAGCAAUAUCGGAAAAAGGAAACGCGAGUCUUCUUCGUCUUUCAAAAUGAUGACGAUGAAAGGGAAGAGGGCCAGUGCUGCCGCAGCCGAAAUAAUUAGUAAUAAGGAUAAGGAGUUACCGAUUUGGAUGCUCCGUAAGAUCCAAGAGAUGGGAGGAACAAAUGUAGCAGUUGUUUUUCAAAAAGAACUAUAUGCUACCGAUGUUAAGCUAUCAAAUUGUAGAUUGUCUAUACCGGAAAGCAAAAUUUUAAACUUCUUCUUAUCGGAAGCGGAGCGAAAAUGGUUGGACGAAACAACACCGACAAUAGAGGAGAGGAAGAAGAGGAAGGAGGAAAGAGAGAAGGAGAAGAAUGAGAAUGUGAAGCAGAAAAAGAAGAAGAAUAAGCCUCUUAAUAGUUUGGCGGUGAAGAUGAUUGAUUCAAAAGGGAAUAUUAUGGAAGAAAGGUUUAAUCUAAAGAAGUGGACAAUGGAAGAGACCGUCGUAUAUAAUCUUGUCACAGGUUGGAGUACCCUCGUCAAAAGUAAUGGUCUCAAAGAAGGUAUGAAGGUGCAACUUUGGAGUUUUCGUGUGGAGACUCAUUUAUGGUUCGCCCUUGUUAAUGUAGAUUUACCGGAAAGUAGCUAG